AAUAAUAAAUUAACUUAGUUUUUCAUGUAUUUCUUCAGUAUUUACUAAUAAUAUUAUGCUGGAAGUGAAGCUGAGAUUCCCGUUACUGAUAACGUCCCAUAAAGCAAUACUGAACUGCCUAUUUCAAUUGAAUUUUAAAGGAUAUUUGACAAAUAUUUAACUAUAACACAUACAUUUAAAAACCCUGAGUCCUUUUUAGAAGAAAUACUACAGUCUAGACCCUGAAUUUUAGGCAGAUAGUAAAUUGAUAAUGUUAUCAUUUUAUCAGUAAAACAAGUAGAACAAACUCAUCCGCAUACACGCUCAGUAAUCAGCGUCACUGUAAACAAUGGGAUUUUCAUAUGUGUGUGUGGCUUGCUCGUUUGGUUGACAAUCGCGAUGUGUAUUCUACAUCGUCGCAUGCUGAGUUAUAUUUUCAACAAAAUCUUUUAAUUUUUGUAUUAGUUAGUCGAUUAAUUUCUAAAUGUUUUCUUUCAUUGUGACUGCCUUUCUGUGUUUUGAUUUCUAAAUAUGUGUAAUUUGCCGCCGAAGUUCCAUUCAGUGUGUCGCCUUUGUUUAUCAUUCUGUGGCGAUAAUUGCAGUGAUGUUAAACUUCCAAUAUUCGACCGUGAUAAGGAUAAAUCUCGACUUUCGGAUAUGAUAAUGACAUAUUUGUCCAUAAUGGUAUCUCCGGCGGACUUGCUCCCCCAGGUGGUGUGUGGGAGUUGUGCACAUAAGCUUGAUGAGUUCCACACCUUCAGAGAGUUGUCACACAAAUCAGAAAGGCUACUGGAACAGUUCCUUCAGUAUGCCAAUUCACUUUCAGGUCCAAAAGAGGACAUCCUGAACAUAACCGCCUGCAAGUUAGAGGAGAUCAUCAAGCCGCUAAACGAUGACGACUACCUGCUCGACAAACACAAAUACGACACUGGCUCGCCGGACUCUACAGAAGAGAUGAAGAACUUGGAGAGCCGGCAGGCGGCGGUCACACUUUUACAAAUAAAAAACUACGACCCGAACAAAUACGCUGUUAAAGCCGCGGAAGAUCAUCAUAUUGUGUUCAACAGUGUGCCGAGCUUGCCGCCAUCAGAGCGAGCGAGAGAAGUAAUGCACUGUAAUGCCGUCAUCGACAUCAUAAGCAAAGCCGUAGCAGUAGCGCAGCGUGAGAACGAGGAAUCUCACAAAUAUCCACCGAAUUAUUCAACUGUUAUAGAGCGGUCGAACCCGAGCGAAGUCAACUACACGCACGAAUACCCUGAAGAGCAGUACAGCAAUGCUUACAGCGCGCCGCCCGCGCCCAGUCCCGGCAGCCACGAGGACCAGGAACAUAAAGAAAUGGACUUGUCCCUGUAUGGAGGCGUUAAGAACGAGCCUGUCGAACAAACUGAGCCCGCAGAGGAUCAAAACUCUUACUUCCACAAAGCGCUUAGCCACAAGCAAUCAAAUUUCUCCGAUGAGUACAAGCAGCACGUGUUCGGGCGGUCGGGGAACAAGAAGUCGCGGAACUCGUCGGUGUACGAGGAAUGCAGUCAGAGCAGUAGCGGCUCCGAUCCCGACCGACUGCAGAUGGAUAUCUCUCAGAUGUCGCAGGACGACCCAGAGGAGACGCAGUCGGCGAGAUCGGCUCAGUCGUCGCCGCAACCGAGGCAAGAGGGAGACGGCGACAAAGACUCUCUGUGGCAAGCUCUUAACAGACAAAAUGGUCGCGGUGGAGAAGCAACCCAGCUACUGAAACGGCUCAUCAACAGCAAGCACCUCGGGAUGACAGUGUCACCUUUGCGGGCGUCCACGUCGCCCAUGCCGCUGCCAGUGCCCAACGGCACGCAUUCACCGAACGGUGAAUGGCAGUCUCGAGCAGCGGGGCCCGCCGGCACGGCGCGCAGGAAGCAGAGCUUCCCGGCGCGCGCGCAGCCCGCUGCCGCGCCCGCGCACAGCGACGCGCCGCACUGGCCCGCCGCGCCCGACAACCAAGAGGCAUCAGACACGUCAACGGGUUCCCGCUCCGCGCCGCGCGUCGAGCUCUCGUGCAGCAACUGCGGCACGCACACGACCACGAUAUGGCGGCGAGACGCGCGCGGCGAGAUGGUGUGCAACGCGUGCGGGCUGUACUACAAGCUGCACGGCGUGCCGCGUCCCACCGCCAUGCGCCGCGACACCAUACACACGCGCCGCCGCCGCCCGCGCCACGACAAGCAGCGCAACAAAUCCCGACGCGGAGCCAACACCUGCUCGGAGCCGGCGGAGGCGGCGGCGGCGGGCGAGGGCGCGCCCGAGGAGGCGGUGCUGGCGGCGCUGCGCCGGCAGCUGCAGCCGCACCUGCUGGCCGCGCUGCACGCGCAGAACACGCGCCCGCAGGUCGGUCGCAGCGCCCCCGAGUACGACGAGGCGCCGCUGAACCUCGUGGCGUCGCACGCCGCCGCCGAGGAGACGCACUGACUGCCUGUGAUACCGCGGCGCGGCGACCCGCCCGACACUCACUACUGCUGAACCAGGUGUUUGCUAACGGUUAUCACCGAUGUUGGAACUUUCUUGGUAAACUUUAACUUGCGCGAAGAUAUUUCAAACGAAUACAAUUAUCAUUUAAGAUCCAUCUUAUGAGAAUUGGCAGUUUAAUUUGAAAUCGGUAGUGUAGGAAAUAUGGUUGAAUUUCUUUUGUUUUGAAUUCGAGGGAAACAAAAGAAAUGCAACUUUGUUCCGAUUGGAAAUGGUUUAAAUUUCAUCGAAAUAAUUAGUGCUAUGGGUGAGCCUUGGGAGGUUAAUUAUAAUUGCCUGAAAUUAGGCAAUUAUACAUUCGGGACACAAUUUUACCAUUUUUCAUAGGGCUGAAUGAUAAUAAAUAAUAAUAAGUAUAUAUUUUGACACAUUGCCAAUUCAGUAUUCUCUAAUACUCAUACCUAUUAAGGAUUUCGUCAUAACGUUACCCUCAUACAAACAUGUUGAAAACUAAUAUAUGUACGAUAAAUUACUCUAUCGUCCCUAUCAGGUAUUUAUUUUUUGGAGUAUAUAUGAACGGUAACUCAAUAUUAGUGCGUAUCGAAGUUUGCCAAGAAAAUUCAUCGCUCUCUCUAACUCGUCCGAUUCAUUCAUUCGCGAGUACGUGUUAGCGCUUGUCUUGUAAAGGAGGCCGUACGAAUAGAGGGGUAAAGGGAUUAUAUUUAAUUAAGACAUUAUUAUAUCGUUUCUUUUACAAUGCAAACGUAACACGUCGUGUCAUAGCGAUAAAACAAAUUCAAACGCAUAAUUCAAUAAUAUUUUUAUAUUGUUAUUCAUACUAUUUAGUUAUAUAAGGCCAGUGUCAAUAGACAAGACAUUACCAAGGAUUUUAAGUUUACAUUUUCAACAGAGUCAGUAAUCGGGCAUUAUGUUACGAAUAUUAUACCUCCAUACAGUAACGAUAUUUAUAUGCUUAUGGUGAAACAUUUAGAACAUCCAAUUUUUGUGCCUAUUAAUUGUCAUGCGUAAGCUACUAAUUUAAUAUUUGAGACGUACAACACAUGUAAGCGAUUUUUAAUUCGAUUUAUACGAUUAUAACAUUGGAUUACUCAGUCACAAAAGUAUAAUUUCAGUAUUUUAGUUACAGCAUCGAGUUUAGUUCGUUCGGUAACGUUCGUGCGUUUAAUGCGGUUCGUAUACUUUACGUGGAUGUGUGCGGUUUAUUGUUAAUAUUAUAAAUAAGAUGUAUUCUGGUCCCGAGGCACCGAGCGCACUCGGGACCAUGUCCUAUCACAAAACUAUCAGCAUGGUUUACGGUAUCGUGGUUUUAUGAUAAGGAUACAAGGCCCAUCAAUGGCUUGUAACACCAGAAGUCAGCUCCAAAUGUUGGCAGUAAUUUUACAAUUGUAUCUUAUGCCCCUAGGACGGGUCGCGGGCCGAAUGCCAAUUCUAACGCAAAAGUGAAAACUCGUACGAUAGGAACACAAUGAUAUGAUAAUUAAGCCUUGCCUUAAAAUGCUCUCUUAUUGAUGAAAUUAUAUAAACGGUUACCUUUUUCAGGACGCAAGUAUUCGUUUAGAAUUACGUAAUUUAAGAUAUUGUAAAUUUUAUUAUUUACUUAGUACCUAGGAGCGUUAAAGAUAAAUCAUUAAAUUAUAGCGUUUAAUUUAUUUCCCAUUUCGGUCAGUAUUUAAAAUGUAAGUAUUUUUUUCUGUCGAGUAUUGCCUUAGUUCUUUAAGGUUACAACGUUAUAUGAAGCAAUAAUGACAAAUGAGUAUCUACUUAUCGUAACGUAAGUAUACGUUAUACGAACCAUUAAUAUAUUUUGAUAAAUCGUAAGGUGGUAGGUUAUAGAUACCGUUCAAUAGCUUCGUCGCAGUGUUAAACUAGAGCAGAUUCAAGAUUUUCAAUAAUGAACAGUUGCCUUCGUAUAAUAUACUAAUCUACAGUUUAAAUGACAUAGGUUUUCGGCAUUAUUAAAAUAGAUAAAUAAUUUAGAUACGAUUUUUAUGUUAGAAACAUAAUUUUCUAAUGUAUGGAUAUAUUCAUGCAUUCGCGAAUGUGGAAUCAUUCAACAACAGCGAACAACCAAAACGUCGAGGCAUUAUGUGUUUAAAUUUACCGUGAACACCUCAUCGUGGUCAGUGUCUAUUAUAUUUAUAGCAAAAGGCAUUUACGUUGUGUACUCUUCGCGUAUGUUUUGUUGUUGCCAGGCGCGCGCCGCCUGUUCGCCGUCCCUUUACUUGAUAUUCUCUACUUAAUUUAGUUGUAUUGAAUUCGUUUUUAGUGUCAACCCCUCGGGCCAGUAAUAGACAGUCUAUGAGACGUUGUGAUACCUUAGCUAGUGGCCGCGAGUAGGCUCGCGGCCGAGUGAUCCUCUUGCAGCUAUUUUUGUCCUCUUUGUCACGUUUGACGCGCUAAGCUUACCGUAUUUUAUAGCUUUAAAAUUGAGAUUAUUUAUUGUUUACUAUUGGGAUCAGCGUAUGUACUCGUAUAGGCGUUCGUCAGUGUGGUAGUUUUUACUGCUUAGUAUUGCUUACUCUCGACGAGGCGAUGGUAGUCUUCUUGACAAUAAAGUUUCAUAACAUUUAGGGUUUAAAUUAAACUAUUCUCAAAUUAUGCUCUCUAUCGAACUUUUCUAGCUCUCUGUCGAAUGAUAUUAAGAAUCGAUCUGUGAAUGAUAUUGAGGGAAAUGCACGCCGAAGUGCUUAUUUUUCUAUAGGAAAUCUAUUUUGUGGAAAAUUAUCUCGACCGAAGAGUCAAUCUCUACACCCGCUGCUAUAGCUGCUGGCAUUAGUGAUACAGUAUUAUUUUAUUAAAUUUUAUCAUUGUACAUGUCUUAGGUUUAUUAUUAUUUAGUAUUUUUGUAGUUUUAAUAAUUGACGUCUGUUAUUAUGCUAUUGGUAUCAGGUGAAUUCUCUCUUGUCAAGUACACACUAACAAUGUUCCUUAUGAUUAUGAAACUGUAUUUUAAUCAAUUAUUUAUUGAACUUGUUAAAUCAACUUCCCUCAUAUUUCCCUAACCAGGACCGUAGCAUUAACGAGUAGUGACGCCUUUAGAUCUUCCAAUUUGGUUAUUUAUAAUUUAGAUUAAUUUAUGGAUAUCUUAAGAAUUUGAUGAACAAUGUAUAUCAAUAUUUAGUUACUAACAAACCGGUUGUGUUGUGUGUUUAUGCUCUAACAAGCAUGUGUUUGUGAUUUUAUUUAUGCCGUUCUGUUUCGUGGAUUCGGCCUCAGACAGCGACCUUACUGACGUGUAUUAUUGUAAUUUAUGCUGAAAUAUUGGCUUUUAAUCUCUUUGAAAUUCCAAUUAUAUUAUAUUCAAUACCGUUUCUCAAUACUAAAGACUGACAGUGACAGACAUGCGCUAUGCUUUCUGAACCUUCUGCUCCGCUAGAACAGUAGCGUAUUUCCUGUCCGUCAAGCGUGCGUCUCUGUCGAACUGACUUCAAAUGUAUUUGUAAGAAAGAGACGGCUAAUUCAAGCUAGACACAAACGCUACUGUGAUAGUUAACGUGCAUUGUGUGAAUAAAUUUGUGCAACAACGCAUCUUCUCUCAAGUAGCGUUUUAGAGAUGACAAAAAAGUAUUGUAAUUAAAAUGUGAUAUUUGUUUGAGAAUGUAAGUGCGUGUUUCCGAAAAGCAAUAACAUUGUGAUAAGUGAAUGAGCAUUGUUUGCGAAACUCAGGCUUAUUCUGAAUGUAAUGAUACUGUCAAUUACUGUAUUAGGAGCGGACAAGCCCACGGGCGUUGCAUAACAUGUGAUUAUACAAUUGAAUAAGCAAUAACAUUAUCAUUUCUUUAUACAUUAUACAUGCAGCUACCCUGAGCUGGAUCGGUUGAUCCACUAAUUUCCAAUUGUCGAUUGAAUAAGUGUUUAAUACUCAAAUAGCAGUUUAAAAUGAAAAAUGUAAUUCAUUCGAAUGUAAACGAAAAUUUACAAGCAAUAAUUCUGAAUAGAAAGCUUAGGAGGACCAUUCGUAAACGAUAAGUUUGUCGUUAGAACAUGAUCUACGUAUCUACAUACAUUUGUAUAUUGUGUAAGUUUCAGCAUAAAUUAUCCACUGAGAUUGUGAGCACGUGCGGAAUACUCAUUGUGAAACAUUAAUUAUUGUUGUAUAGAUGAUAAAUAAUGUGACUUACGCAGGGAUGGAUACUUAAAUUAUUAAAAUUUUAACUGAUAUAUUGGCUAUGUAGUGAGUAGAAUAUUUUUUUACAAAUAAAUGAUAGCAGCUA